AUGCUAAGGUUAUCCAUUUUGCUGAAUGGCUGUUUGUGCCUUUACUUUGGCUUUUUCGCUGAAGCAAUAGAGAUUCAAAUUGAUGCCUUCACAUCCGCUCGAAUGUUCAGCUUUGUGGAACACAAGUGGUACUAUCUUGAAGCAUCAAAGCAAAUGAUAUUCAAUGUGAGCGAGUUUGCAGACUGCGCUAUGAAAUGUUUGACGGCAGUUCCAGCAUGUUUAUCUCUGAAUGCGGCUUCUUCUCCUGACGAAGAGGGGGUAUUCUGGUGCGAGUUACUACUAAGCGACAUGUACAACAACUCAGUAAACCUUAGAGAAAACGCAAUGUCUCACCACUACUCUAAAUCGGUAAGUUAACAAUUUGACAACUAGAUUCACCAAGGGGCCUAAAUUCAGAUUACUACCCAUGUUCAAGUUAAGUUUAUUUAUAUGGCUUAAUAAGUCUAGAUUUUUCUCGAAGUGCUUCCAUUCCCCUUUUUAAUCUAUGAAACUUUCCUUAAGUUAGGAAAUUAAAGCGAAUAGAAGGUAUUUUGCCUCCAAACUAAAAAAUUGAAAAACGUUUGCAAAGUGAGACAUUCAGCGAAGAAUCCGAUGGCUAAAAUCCAAAAAAGAGGAAAUUCAGGAAAGAAAAAUUUAUCGAAAAUUCAGCUAAUCGAGGGCGGCUCUAUGUUUGGGAAAUUUCUGGAAAACCAAGAAAAUCGACUCCGUUUUAAGAAUUUAUGACAUAAAUUAUGUGGCAAGCGCUUUCAAAGUUUAAAGUUUCAGUAGACCAUAUAAAAGACGAUUGUAGUUCCUGUAUGAUUUGUAACUUUUAAAAUUUUUAGAAGUAUUUUACCAUUUUCUAAUAUAUUUUUGUCGGGUUUUAACUUAACAGUUUUGAAUUUUUUAAAUAUUGAUUUUACAUUUUAAAUUUUAGUGAGUUUCAACGUAUUCUAUAUUACACAUUUUUUUAUUACAUUAUUUUUACUUUCAAUUCGAAGACGUUUUGUAAAAUGUUUUCUAUUCCACGGGUGUCUUAAUCAGUUAAACACAAGGACACCUGAAUAAAGUUGCUAUGUUAUUUUAAACUUUUAUGGAAAUAGUAUUCACGUAAGGCUCCCCGCCUUGAAAUUAAUUACUGAGCAGAAGUUUUGGUUACUAAUUUGGUUACUGAUACAAUAAAAACUCGCGUGUAUUUAGAACCUGUAUUUUUUGAAGUCUGGCGGAAAAAGGUUCUUGUAUUUUGAGGUUCCUAGUUAUUGGCAGGUCUUUUAAGAACCUGUUUGACAAUUAAAAUUGCUAUGAAGAAGAUAUAGUUGUUGACUACCAGAAAAAUAAAUGAAAUAUGAUUUGGUCCUAAAUAAUCAGUUAUGUAUUUAUUCACAACUUUAACAUGAUAAGCCCAACUAGAAUGAUCGUUACAGAAUGUAUAUGUAACAUGAGAACAAGAGUUUUAUCCGGAUAAAAAAAUGAUUUAAAAAACUGAAGAAUUAGCUAACUAACUAAAUAAAUAGAUUUCCUGCAAUACAAAUUUGAAAUUGCAAUCUCAAAGUUUAACUCCUUGCUUAAAACUAUCCGCUGUAACUGAUACAUACGAACCUGCUGGACCUUGCUUGUCUAAACAAGUUCUUAUAUUUUUGGGUAUUGAAAUGGCAAAUUUCUGCCAGCAGUUCUUAAACCACUUUCAAGGUUUUUCUUGCAAGCGAGUUUUUACCAGUGAGUAACUAACUAACAUUGAUUAACAAGAGUGAGAAGUUUAUCCUCCCCUCCCCACCCAGUCCGAUGUGUGUUUAUUCUACCGCUGCUUUAUUAGAAAUAAAGGUUGUUUCACUUCGUGGUUCAAACUUACAUGAAAACAGAUUGUUAUUGGUUAAAUAACGGCAAAUAACUCCUUUUAAAGUUUGUCCUAAAAACAAGAAAGCAGUAGUCUUCCACACAGGCUGCGCAGGAAACUAAGAAAGCAAUCUUGUUCCUCUAUUUUUUUUUUAUGUGGGUGCAUAAAAACUAAGUUCGCUAAAAUGUUCCACAAAUUAUUUUCUUUUCUUUCUUUUUCUUCUUUUUUGCUUUAUGGUUCAAAAUUUGACCCCGUUAUUUCAAUUGGUAUUCUGCUCAUUUCUUUAAAUGAAUACAGAAAAUUAAUAAAUGAACAAAAAACCGACUAAAGUAAUUCAAAAUACUCAAAACCUAACAAAAAUAAGAUAGAAUUAACUGGGUAUAGUUUUUAGAUUUUAUUUAUGUCAUGGUUUCUUUUUCAGACUCCUUGUGUGAAGAGACCCUGCCAAAAUGGCGGUGUUUGCACUCCUUUAUAUUACGACGAUAGUCACAUGUGUGAUUGCAACACAGGAUUCACUGGAAGAAACUGUGAAAUAAGUAGGCAACACAACAGACAUUUUCUGUGUUGUUUCCUGGUUUUAAAUUUAAAAAUUUUGUAGUUCUUACAUGCAACUUUAAGAAUAUCUCAAGCUCAGUAAAUUUGUCCUCCUUCAUUACUCAAGGGGUUUAUUUAAGGUCUGGGUCAAAGAUGUGUUCUGAGCAUAUGAAUAAUUGGCAAUAUCUCUCGCCAGGAGACCUAGGAAAAAAUUAUUUUUUCCCCCAAAGUAAAUCUUGAUAUUUUCUUGUGCCUUAACGUUUAAUUAUGGUCACGUGACAUGUCACGUGACUAAAAAGAAAAUGAAGUAAAUUCGCUUGGUGGCGAAUUUUCUUUGUUUCGAUAAACAAAUUGACAUUUUUGGAAAGAAGAUAAUCAUACCCAUCUUUCUACUUUUGGAAUGAAUGUGCGCAAAGUUUCCAACUAAAGUUUUAAAUAAUUCGAGGUUAAAUUUGGACUUAAAAAUGAUGUUUUCCGCCAUAUUUUUUAUUGAAGUGUAAUCGGCUACCGAUUCGUCAAUAGUACACGAUUUUUAGCAAAAUGGUCACGUGACUUGUUAACACAAUGUUUACACUUGAAAAUGAUAAGGACGAUAACUUCUUCAUGUGUGCUAAAUUUGGAUUCAGCGCCAUCAUCCACUCAAGUAGUUUAAGGCCUGGGACUUAAAGGCGUUUACUUGUGGAAAAUGAUUACUUGCUAUAACAUUGACAUAGGUGAUGGCGCUGAAUCAAAAUUUGGCUCACGUAAAGAACUCACCGUCCUUAACAUUUUAAAGUGUAAACAUUGUGUUAAUAAGUCCAUUUUGCUAAAAAUCGUAAAUUACUGCCCAAUUGGUGGCCGGUUUACGAAAAGAAAUCGGAAAAAACAUUUUAUUUUUCUAAUUCAUGUUAAAUAUUUCUAACACUUCACGUUUGGAAUGACCGUCCAUUGCACUUCAAUAAAAAAUUAUAAGGGAAAUCAUUAAUUAUUUUAACUGCCCAAAUUUAAUCCUGAAUUAUUUAAAACUUUAAUUUUAAACUUCGCGUACAUUCAUUCCAAACGUAGAAGUUAGGCAUGUUUAUCCUCUUUCAGAAAUACCAAUUUGUUUAUCGAAACAAAGUAAAUUCGCCACCAAUUCGCCAAUUUCCUUCAGUUUCACUUUUUGGUCACUUGACACGUCACGUGACCAUAAUUAAACGUUAAGACACAAGAAAACCUGAAGAUUUACUUCUGCGGAAAAGUUCAUUUUGUUAGCUAGGUCUCCUAGCGAGAGAUAUUGCCAAUUUUUCAUAUGCUCAGAAUACAUCUUCGACACAGGCCUUAAACCCCUUGAGUAUGCCGAAGUUAUAGCCAAUAAAUCAUUUUCUACAGGUAAACCCCUUAGUCACGGGCCUUAAACUUCUUGAGUAGCAAUUUUUCUUACUUUAAUUUGCUUCCUUGAAAGCGUUGUUUUUUAACUUCAGGGUCAACUUAUGCUGAGGUUAUCAAAAAUUGAAAGAUUGAAUGACAUUUUCAGUUUUCUCGCCUUUCAGCUCUCAGUUAUUAGUUACUAGAUAAAAAGUCAGUCAAUUCCACUUCAAAUCUGCAAAUAUUUGUUUGAAUGUAAACAGUUAAAAGAACAACAUCGUUCUUUAUCUCGAUUUAUCCACAAAACAGGAAGAGAAAAUGAGGAAAAUUGUUCUGAGCGUUUUCACUCAUAUGGCCAACGGCUAUUCAAAUGUUUAGAAGCAAAAGAACGCGUUUACAUGAGGAAAAAGUUUAACUCCUACGGGUCUUUUCUGGGACACCAAAAAAAAAAAACGGCAGUGGCGAACUUGACUUCAUGUUAAAAUUCUCUAUAAAACCAAAUAUAGGUUGAAAGAAAAGAAACAGAGCGUUGGAGUUGGCGCUUAUAAUUACUCACAAUUAUAAGGAAAGGAAACAAAAAAGUUAACAAUAGUUUACAUUGAAAUUAUAGUAAGAAAAAAAUGGGAGUUACAAAAACGUAAAUUUCACAGAGAAUGAAUCAGUUGAUUCAAUUGAAACAAUACAUUCUAAAAAAUUCGACUGGUUAUUCAAAGUUGUCUCACAGACGUUAUUAGAGAAGUAGUAGUUAAAGAAGAGAAAGAAAAACUAUGCUUUUUAAAAAUUUAAAUAGGGAGUCGUUGUAAAUUCCUGCUUAUCGAUAAUGACAUUUUGCGACGUUUCUUGAAAAUGAUGUCGAUAGAAACAUAUACAGCUAUUUCGAGAAAGGUUAGCAGAAAAAGUGUACGCGACAAUCGAGAAAGGUAUUGUGGGUGGUAUUGAUUUCACUGUUCUUUAAAGAAAUUUUAAAGAAUGGCACGGAAGGCCAUAGACGAAUGUUUGCGAAUGCUAAAGGAUAGCAACAAUAGAGGAUUUGACACCGCUACAGUGUCAGCAACUGCGUAUUGAUCAUAUCCCAUAUUACUUUUCGGGAUUGUCGCAUGCACAUUUUUUCCGACUACCUUUUUAGAAAUAGCUGUAUAAAGAUUGAACCUGGGGGAAAUUGAUCGGCCACCUUUGACUGCAAAACCAGGUAAACGAUUUCUGUAUUAAGGAGCUUUUUAGGUGCUAUAUUGAUGUUAGAUUUUCUCACCUCUUCCUUCAUUUAGACAUUGAUGACUGCAUACCAUAUCCGUGUAGCAAUGGCGCAACAUGUGAAGACCAAGUAAACAACUACACUUGCACUUGCAUAGUCGGCUUUUACGGAAGGCACUGUACCACUAGUAAGUAAAACACCGGAAAAGCACAGUCCAUACAUGACUUUAUCUGUACGUAUCUCUGGAGUAAGCGCCAUAACAGCAAGAGCAAAUAAACAAAACAAAACAAAACAAAAAAAAUAUAUAUAUUGAUGCAUAUGUCUGUCUAAUAUUUUGAAUGCGCCCGGUUUUUUCAGUCCACUUCUUGGCAUCUCAGUCAGAUGAAUCACCUCGUCGUGUAUGAUUUUUAUCAAUCUAUGCACCUUCGACAGAGAACUGAGAACAAUCUUUUGUAUAAAAGUGUGCUUCUUUUCGUUAGAUCCAGACGAUUGUGCUUCUAGCCCUUGUCAGUACGGAGGAGCUUGCACAGAUAGUCUGGAUGACUACUCCUGCUCAUGCCCAGCUGGAACUACAGGGAAGUCUUGCGAAAUCAGUAAGUACAUAGGUGUACUUAAAAGGUUUACGUUUCGGACUCGAUAUCUACUCGUUGCUGUCGUCUUCGUCGUCGUCCUCUUCUUCUUCGAUCUUCUUCUUCUUCUUUAAUUCUUCUUCUUGUUCUUGUUCUUCUUUUUCUUCUUAUAAUUAUUAUUACUAAAGAUAGGAUAGGAACUAAAAGAGAUUUCUAACUUGUUUUAGUGCAAGGACAAUCUUUAAAAGUUAUAAUGAUAUCAUGGAUAAAAGUCAGUUUAUUUAUUGAGUAAUGUUGCUUUUCUCAGAUCUUAACGACUGUUUUCCAAACCCGUGUGUAAACGGCGCGACAUGUACGGACGAAUUAAAUGACUAUAGCUGCACAUGCGUAGCCGGAUACGGAGGGAAAAACUGCAGUAUCGGUGAGUGUUUAUUAUAGAAUUAAGUGAGUAACCUUAUAGUAAUGUUUUCUGAGGAAAGGGAGGAGGGGCGGGGAUUGACUUUAAAUGAAAAAGAUAAAACGAAAACUUAUGUGUAAUAUACGAAACGUUGACGGAUUUAAUAUCACUUCGAAGACAUUAAUGGUUGGGAGUGUCUGUCAUGAAAGUUGGGAGCUGGUAAAAUGAAACUGGCAGAUUUUAUAAAUCUUACUGUCAAAUAUUCCAAAAAACCUGGCGACGAUUUAACAUUAAAUUAACAAUUAGUUCAUGCGUCUGCGUGCGUAUAUCGAGAUAUUGAGAACGCAGGACGUUUGGAGAGCACGAAAGAGGCGUAAGAGUUGCUCGAGGCGCAGCCGAGAGCAACUCUUGCCUCUUUAAUUUAGUGCUCUCCAAACUUCCCAGGUGCUCAAUAUCUCGACUUACGCACAGCUGAAGCAUGAACUAAUUGUUUUACAAAGCGAUCAAUGCAGCAGUUAACUAAAUUUUUUAUCAUUGUAGCGCGCGCUGAAAGGAGUAAGCGUCAAUGUCUACGUGACUAAGCUUAUAUUUUUUUUUACCUCACCGCUAUGUUUUUGUCUUGGAACUGAGAGAAAGUUUUCUGAAAUCGCCUAAGAUAACAUUAAAAAAGAUUGUAAAAUCUAUAUUGAGGUGCCGAAAAACCAUUAAUUCACCGAAAAAUCCUUUUUGAAAGAAAUAACCUUCCAAAGAAUGUUUUGCACACGCCAUAGCCCGCACAGCUCGGGCAGAUAACAACAACAACAACAACAACAACAACAACAACACUCACCUACUAUCGGUUAACAAAUUCAAAAGUUUUCUCUUAAAUUUACGUUAUAAAACACAUGGUUAACGCUUCAUCGUGUGCUGUUGACUUAUGGAUCCACUUGGGAGACGUCUCUGGAGGAUUGCUAAGCUCAGAAGAACUCGAGGUAUCGUUUAUUUACGUCAUCAACUUGCUUAAUGGGAUUAUGAGGCACAAUCGCGCUAUGGAAUUUGAUUACGCGAAUAUUCUAGCUAUGUUAUAAAAUAUCUGAGGACAUGCUUCCAACAGAACAAAAUGAAUCUAAUAAAUGUCGACUCGCUUUGGUUUGCUUUUAAUGAGUUUCCUGGUCGUGCUUUUUGCUUGAAUCUUUAAUCUUAAACUUGAAAUAAGUAAAACGUUAAUAAAGAUCAUUUCAUUACUGAGUUAACUGAACAUUUAUGUUACAUUUCCUACAACAUUUUCUUAUUAACAACUGAAUCUGUUCCGUCUUGUCAUCUGUUUUGUAUUACAACUUCACGGUCUUUCAAUUAAGAAAUGGUAAGAAUGCAGCAUGCCGCCAUUGAAUUAUGGAUGCACGCAGGAGGUUGUCAAGUAAGAAAAAAGCGCAAGAGUUGUUCGAGGUGUAGCCGAGAGCGACUGACUAGCUUCCUCAAUGCUUAGCAAACCUCCUAAGUGUAUCCAUAACUCAACGUUUGCAUGCACAAUAGAGGAGUUCUCCAGUUUUACCGCGCUAGCUUUCCGUUGGCGUGCAGUCAUGGAAAAAUGGUACAUGGCUAAUUGACCAAUCAGAGUGCGCGCUUUGUUUUUGUUAUGUUAUAACAGAUAUCAAUGACUGUUAUCCCAACCCGUGUUUGAACGGUGCAACAUGCACGGACCAGCUGAAUAGUUACACGUGUUCUUGUGCACCUGGAUUUGAAGGGAUCAAUUGUUCUUUUGGUAAGUGUCUCAAGCAUUUGUCGUCCUAGUAAUUCUUUGAAUUUUACGGCGUGGGUAAAGAAGGGUGGACCGAGGUUUUUAAGUCACAUGGUUAUCCUUUUUGACUUUAGAAGUUUGUUAAUCUACUUUUAAUACACUGAAACAAUUUCACUAAAAAUUUUGGGACGUCGGAACAGCGCAGUCCGAGGUCAAUCGCUCCAAACUCCGUCUGAAUCACGUGCUUUUCACAAAAGAGAGGGCGAGAGAGCGGAGCAGAAGAGACGAGACCGUAGGAAGUUAGAGUGAGUAACAUAGUACCACCUGAAACCCAGGCUAGUAAAUUGAAUUUAAAAGAUACUGUUGCGAACAGCAAACUACGAACGAACGUAUUUCGCUUACAAAGUUUUAUCGUCGAUCGCUAUCUUUAACAUUGACUCAUAACAGAGAUCUAGCUGUGGGCUAAAUACCAUGGACUUUAGGGAAAACGACAUUUAGAAUUUAUAUCCUGCAGCCUCCGCGUUCUAACCUGUGUCUGUUAUGUUGCCAACCCUGUACACGCUUUGUACAGCCUGUAUCAAGAUGGCUUUCGGUUCAGGCUAGAAAAACAUUUAUAUACUUUGAAUACGCCAUUUUUAAACAAAUUUUAGGCACCACUGGUUCUCUCCAACCAUGCUCUUUGAAUCAUUGACUGGCCUUAAAAGUUCUAAAAAUACGCCAUAUUUCCACGCUGGCGUUAUUUUACUACAGCUACUAGAAUGAUUCGAAAUUUUGCUUUCUUGUGCAAACUACGCCUAUUGUUUCUUAUAGACCUUGUGGGAUGACUAAAUUUGAAUAAAAAAGCCCACACAAAUUGGACUGGUAGUUGUCGUCAAAGUACACAUCACGGAGAUCGCCUAUUACAUAGUGAGUGGUCUUAAACGACUCACUUAAUCAGUGACACAUGUAAAACGCCCUUUUAUAGAUAUAUUGAAUAUUCCAUUAAGUGCUUGUGAUUUGACGUUCACAGGUUGCAACCAAAACGAUGGGUGGCAAGGUUUCAAUAAAUACUGCUAUAAACUCACACAAGAUUUGAAAACGUGGAAUAAUGCUAUGACGGACUGCGUGGCGAUAGGCUCGAAUUUGGUGACCAUUCAUUCCGAAGAAGAACAAGACUUUGUUUGGUCAAUUAUCCCUGUCAACGUGGACAUAUGGAUGGGCGGAAACGACAUAGCUACCGAGGGAGACUGGGUAUGGGAAGAUGAUAAACCUUGGGGUGUUUACACGAAGUGGCAUCCUGGGGAACCAAAUGAUGCUAAUUACGCUGAGGACUGCCUAACGAUGUAUCAAGCUCACGGCAUGUGGAACGAUUUGGAUUGUGAUUGGCAACUGUCAUCCAUCUGUAAAAAAGGUGAUUUUCAAUUGUUAUUUCGAUUGGAAAACAUUUUUAUUGGUUGGUUUCUUAUCGCUAUUUAGUCAGUGUUAAGGUUGGGAGCGUGGAGAUAUAAAGUAGGGUGAUUUUGGAUGCUAACCUACCCUCGGUGCCAGAGACUUUUCUAGCGCGGUUUCCGGUUUCUGUCAAGUCUUUAUAGUGACCCGCGCGAUGGCUUCGGCCUACGGCCGAAGAUGUGUCGGCCCUCGGCCCACACAAAAAAUUCCCGCUGCAUGCGAGAAAAACCUCUGGUACCCAGGGUAAUGCUAACCAUGACAUGGGGGAAUGAUUUUGGACAUUUGGAAUUGGAAAUCAAAUGGUGUGGGAAACUCAAGAAUUUAGGUUGAAGCUUUUCUUUCUUUCUUUUUCUUUUGUCUCUUCAGCUGAUUGCUCACACGUUAUAGUGUUUCCUUUGACCUUAAAGGUCAAAUUUAGUCUUUGAAUGUUUCAGCACGAGAUUUCAAAUAGGAUUCCUCGUGUAAAUGUCUUAGUACAGUACCCCUCUAAUAAGACGGAACCUUAGUAGAACAGAAGGGAGCAGUUGCACCGUUGUUUUUAAAGUGGAAUGUCAUGAGUGUAAAGAAUGAUACACAAAUUAUCUUUAAUGCCGAAGACGUCAUGAAUCUCAUUCGAAUCAUGUUAUAGUCUUUUAUUUUUAAGAUGCUGGUGCGCCUAGUGUAAGGAUUAUAUUUGUCCCGAGUACUUUGUUACGUCAUUACCUUUAUUUUGGCACAUGCAAGAAGUGUAAGACUUUUUCCACAACAGUAUCUUCGCUACUACUCUCAGCAUAAUCUAAUCUAAAAUAAUAUACAGAGUAAUCGUCUAAACGACACAAAGGCAAUUCCCAAUCUUCACCUAAAUCUUAAAAUGGACACCAAAGGUUAGCUCUUACCAUUUCUCAGCGUAUAUAUUCGGCUUCCAAUAAAGAAGGGUACCUGUCUAAUACAGACAACAUGUGUCAGUCCAAACAAUGUCCUUUAAAUUAAGAAAGUUAAUUGUGUUGUUAGCUCAAAGUUCGUUCUCCCACGUUGGCUUGAGCGUCCGGACAACGUAAAGAGCAGGAUCACCUAAUUAAAUAUGUCGUUAAGCCUGGGUAUAUUGUUCCACGAGCUUGUUUUGUAAUUACUUUAUAGAGCGGUUUUCACUUGAUUGUCGAAAGUAAUUGAGGAAUUGGUUUGGUUUUGGUUUUACUAAGCCCUUUGGUUGGCUAGUGUAUUUACUUUGGUUUUGGUUUUACGACAGUCAAGUGAAAACCGCUCUAUUGCAAAUCACUUUACUUACACUUAGUCACUUACGAACACUUCAUUUCAUUUUAUUUUACUUUACGUUACUCGACAGGAUGUGAUAUGAAUGGCGGAUGGAUGAUGUUCAACAGUUUUUGUUACAAAUACAUUGCAAUCCUAAAAAAUUGGCAAGGUGCCAAAACCUAUUGUGAUAGCUUGAAUUCGAAGUUGCUGACCGUUCACUCGCAAGCAGAGAAUGACUUUGCACACUCACUCAUCCCUGGGAACGGGCAACACAUAUGGGUAGGCGCAACCGACAUAGCAACGGAAGGAACCUGGGUGUGGGAGGACGGAAAAGCCUGGGGAAGUUACACAGGAUGGGCAACCGAUAGCUCAGAACCUAAUGGAGGUAGCUCUGAGAAUUGUGCAAUGAUG